AUGAAGGCCUUUGGUCCUCCACAUGAGGGCCCCCUCCAAGGACUCGUGGCUUCCCGCAUUGAGACUUAUGGGGGCCGGCAUCGAGCCUCUGCUCAGAGCACUGCUGGCAGUCUCUAUCCCCGAGGACACCCUGUGCUGGAUCCCAGUCGCCGACGCCUCCAGCAGUAUGUCCCCUUUGCCAGGGGUUCUGGCCAGGCCCGAGGCCUGUCACCCAUGAGACUGCGAGAUCCAGAGCCCGAGAAGAGGCACGGGGGCCAUGUGGGGGCUGGCCUGCUUCACUCCCCCAAACUCAAGGAAGUCGCCAAGGCCCAUGAGCUGGAGGUGAGGCUGCACACUUUCAGCAUGUUUGGGAUGCCCCGGCUGCCCCCUGAGGACCGGCGGCACUGGGAGAUAGGAGAGGGUGGCGACAGCGGCCUGACCAUCGAGAAGUCCUGGAGGGAGCUGGUGCCUGGGCACAAGGAGAUGAGCCGGGAGCUCUGCCACCAACAGGAGGCCCUGUGGGAGCUCCUGACCACCGAGCUGAUCUACGUGAGAAAGCUCAAGAUAAUGACUGAUCUGCUAGCCGCCGGCCUGCUGAACCUGCAGCGAGUGGGACUGCUGAUGGAAGUGUCAGCUGAGACCCUGUUUGGAAAUGUCCCCAGCCUGAUUCGAACCCACCGGAGCUUUUGGGAGGAGGUGCUGGGGCCCACCCUGGAGGAGACUCGGGCCUCGGGCCAGCCCCUGGACCCAGUUGGUCUGCAAAGUGGCUUCCUGACGUUUGGCCAGCGGUUCCACCCCUAUGUCCAGUACUGCCUCCGAGUGAAGCAGACCAUGGCUUACGCCCGAGAGCAGCAAGAAACUAACCCUCUCUUCCAUGCCUUCGUGCAGUGGUGUGAGAAGCACAAGCGCUCUGGGAGGCAGAUGCUCUGUGACUUGCUCAUCAAGCCCCACCAGCGCAUCACCAAGUACCCACUGCUGCUUCAUGCUGUGCUCAAGAGGAGCCCCGAGGCACGAGCCCAAGAGGCCCUGAAUGCCAUGAUCGAAGCCGUGGAGUCAUUCCUGCGACACAUCAAUGGGCAGGUCCGCCAGGGCGAAGAGCAAGAGAGCUUGGUGGCUGCAGCACAACGCAUCGGGCCCUACGAGGUGCUGGAGCCACCCAGUGAUGAAGUGGAGAAGCACCUGCGUCCGUUCUCCACCCUGGACCUGACGUCCCCCAUGCUGGGGGUUGCGUCUGAGCACACCAGACAGCUGCUGCUGGAGGGACCCGUGCGAGUGAAGGAGGGGCGAGAAGGGAAGCUGGACGUGUACCUGUUCCUCUUCUCUGAUGUGCUCCUCGUGACCAAGCCCCAGCGCAAGGCGGACAAAGCUAAGGUCAUCCGCCCCCCUCUUAUGCUGGAGAAGCUCGUGUGCCAACCCCUGCGAGACCCUAACAGCUUCCUGCUGAUCCACCUCACUGAAUUCCAGUGCGUCUCCAGCGCCCUCCUUGUGCACUGUCCCAGUCCUACAGACCGUGCCCGGUGGCUGGAGAAGACCCAGCAGGCCCAGGCCACCCUACAGAAGCUGAAGGCAGAGGAGUAUGUUCAACAGAAGAGGGAGCUCCUGGCCCUCUAUCGGGACCAGGACAGGGAGUCCCCCAGCACCAGGCCCUCCACUUCCCUGGAGGGCUCUCAGAGCAGCGCAGAGGGGAGGACUCCUGAGUUCUCGACCGUUAUCCCCCACCUGGUGGUGACGGAAGACACAGAUGAAGAUGCUCCCUUUGUGCCAGAUGAUAACUCGGACUCUGGCUACGGCACUUUGAUCCCAGGCACCCCACAAGCCCGCUCCCCGCUGAGCCGUCUACGCCAAAGAGCCCUUCGGCGGGACCCUCGCCUCACCUUCUCCACCCUGGACCUCCGGGACGUCCCUCUGCGUCCCCACCCUCCCAACCCCCAAGCUCCUCAACGCCGAAGUGCCCCCGAACUGCCAGAAGGAAUCCUAAAAGGAGGCAGUCUUCCCCGGGGAGACCCACCAACCUGGUCUGAGGAAGAAGAUGGGGCCUCCGAGCGAGGGAAUGUGGUGGUGGAAACACUGCACAGGGCCCGGCUUCGGGGCCAGCUUCCCUCCUCCCCAGCCCAUGCUGACUCGGCCGGGGAAAGCCCCUGGGAGUCCUCGGGGGAGGAGGAAGACGAGGGGCCUGUGUUCCUGAAAGCUGGCCACACAUCACUGCGCCCAAUGCGGGCUGAGGACAUGCUCAGAGAGAUCCGGGAGGAGCUGGCCAGCCAAAGGAUUGAGGGGGCCGAGGAGCCCCGGGACAGCAGGCCACGGAAGCUGACUAGGGCCCAGCUACAGAGGAUGCGGGGGCCCCACAUCAUUCAGCUGGACACCCCUCUGUCCACAUCAGAGGUGUGA